UUGAUUUUCCGCCAAGCUGCUUCAUUACACUCUAACUUAGUGAGUUUUCGUAUGGAGAAUCAAGAAUAUACAUAACCUUAUUUUUUCCAGUCGCGCUUGUAUGAGAUGAUUAUCGCAAAUGCAGAACGCGAUGCAAAUAACCGUGACAAUUUGAAUGACAUCAUGAGGCACAUUAGAAGAACUCACCGCAGCAUCCAGGAUGUAAUUAUUUUUUUUUGGCUUUAGAAGGCUUCCGAAGGCUUCCGAAGGCUUCCGAAGGCUUCCGAAGGCUUCCGAAGGCUUCCGAAGGCUUCCGAAGGCUUCCGAAGGCUUCCGAAGGCUUCCGAAGGCUUCCGAAGGCUUCCGAAGGCUUCCGAAGGCUUCAGAAGGCUUCCGAACGCUUCAGAAGGCUUCCAAAGGCUUCAGGAGACUUUAGGAGGCUUCAAAAGGCUUCCGAAGGCUUCAGAAGGCUUCCAAAGGCUUCAGGAGACUUUAGGAGGCUUCCGAAGGCUUCCGAAGGCUUCCGAAGGCUUCCGAAGGCUUCCGAAGGCUUCCGAAGGCUUCCGAAGGCUUCAGAAGGCUUUAGAGGUCUUCAGAAGUCAAAAAAAUUUGAAUUCACAAUUAUUCUAUUUCAGAACUGGCGCUACUUCAUGGAUGUGGAUGUUUUUUUCAUCAAUAUCAACUUCUAA